UACGAUGAGAUGGUCGCAGCUCACCUCAGGUGUACCUACGCUGUAGCCAACCAUGACUUUGUUGAAGCCUACAAGUUCCAGACGCUCGUUGUUCAGUCCUUCUUGAAGGCCUUUCAGUCCCACAAAGAGGAGAACUGGGCUCUGCCCGUGAUGUUUGCUGUCACCCUGGACCUCCGGAUAUUCGCCAACAACGCAGAGCAGCAGCUACAGAAGAAGGGUAAAGGUCAGCCUAGCGAGAUGUUGGAGAAAGCAGCAGAGCAGCUGAUGAGCUGCUUCAGAGUUUGUGCCAGUGACAAUCGUGCAGGUAUUGAGGACUCAAAGAAGUGGGGGAUGAUGUUUCUGAGCAACCAGCUCUUCAAGAUUUAUUUCAAGAUCAAUAAGCUGCACCUGUGCAAACCUCUGAUUAGAGCCAUUGAUAGUUCCAACCUGAAGAAUGACUACAGUCCAGCUCAGAAGGUCACCUAUAAAUACUACGUGGGCCGCAAAGCCAUGUUCGACAGUGACUUCAAACUGGCCGAGGAGUUCUUGUCAUACGCCUUUGAUCACUGUCAUCGAUCCAGCCAGAAGAACAAGAGGAUGAUCCUCAUUUACCUGCUGCCUGUCAAGAUGUUGCUGGGUCACAUGCCAACUCAUCAACUCCUUAGGAAGUAUGACCUCAUGCAGUUUUCUGAUGUUACCAAAGCUGUGAGUGAAGGGAACUUACUGUUGCUGAAUGAGGCUUUGUCCAAACACGAGACCUUCUUCAUCCGCUGCGGGAUCUUCCUCAUCCUGGAGAAGCUGAAGAUCAUCACCUACAGGAACCUCUUCAAGAAAGUGUAUCUGCUGCUGAGGACUCACCAGCUGCCUCUGGAUGCCUUCCUGGUGGCUCUGAGGAUGAUGAAGGUGGAGGAUGUCGACAUCGACGAGGUGCAAUGUAUCCUGGCCAACCUCAUUUACAUGGGUCACAUCAAAGGCUACAUCUCCCACCAGCACCAGAAGCUCGUGGUCAGCAAACAGAAUCCCUUCCCUCCUCUGUCGUCUGUCUCAUAGUCUAUGAGACAAUUCUACAGGGCUGCUUUCCUGGAAACGUUUUUCACUCAAUUCAUAUUUCCUUUAUUUUGUACUUUAAAGACAUGUCGAAUAAAACAGAUGUUGGUUUGUA